CUCGUCAAAUACAACGAGACAACGUUGAUUAUGCGCUCACUGUUUCGAAGCGGUAUCUACCUUGUUCUGCUCGCAGCGAUGACGUUCCCCGCACAUUCCAGAAGAGCGACCAGAGCGCUAGCUUUCCGCAAGGGCAGCACCUUUUUCUACCGGCUGAACUACAAGAUCAACUCGCUUCCUUACACGGUUAUCUUCGCGCAAGCGGCGGGCUUCAAGGUAGCAUGGGAAUUGCCGACCACCGGUGGGCUUCGAGUCGUCCGGUCUGCCUCUGACAUUCGCGAGCACGCUGAGCUCGUGUAUGAAAGUCACGGCUUCAACGGUCGCUCUUGUCUGCUGAAGAGCAUCUGUCAAGUGUCGCAGUACACGAAGGGGCAGAACGGUGUUGUAAGGAAGAUAUUGACGCUACUCGCGGGGUCGUAUAUUAAUAACAGCACUUGGCAUGAGGAUCCGUUGCUCUGCGAACGUCACGCCAGGGACUGCCCUUUGCAACUGAUCGGGCUGAAUAGUUUUACAGAAAGUGCCGUAUGA